GGAACUUAAAUAAUGCUAACGAUUAAUUUGCUUUUGACCGCUGGAGCACUUCUUUGGAUUUAUUUCCUAUGGACUCGCCGUCGGAUUUAUAUGCUAAUGUUAAGGUUGCCAGGGCCCAUAGGGUUACCCAUACUUGUUAUGAACGUUAAAACUCCAACCACAAAAACAGGCAAUAUAAGUUUUCGAACCAAGUAUCUGAACAAGUAUGGCUCGACAAUUUUAACUUGGGUGGGUCCGGUGCCAUUUUUAGUGACUAGGGAUCCAAAUGUCGUCGAGGAUGCCUUUAAUACUUCCGAUUGCCACAACAAGAGCCCGCAUGUCAAUUCUGCGAUAACCAAUUGCAUGGGACUUGGAUUGUUGGGACUAGAAGAUCCCGAGUGGAUUGACCGUCGGAUACACCUUAACCCAGCAUUUAAACAUGAUGUCCUGCUCAGCUUUUUUCACAUUUUCGAUGCCGAGACGAAUAUCCUUAGAAACAAGAUUGAAAGUUAUGUCGAUCAGGGCGAACAAGAAUUGGUUCCAGACAUGCUCAGGUGGUCGUUUAGAAUAGCUGCUCAAACCACAAUGGGAUCUGAUGUGAAACAUGAUGAACACUUUAAAAACAAUGCCCUUGUGGAAUGCUUUGAGGCGCUCAUAUGUCAAACAACACUAUAUAUUAUGAUGCCUUUGGCCCAAAAGAAAAUAAUUUCCAAGCUGUGCGGUUAUGAAAAGGUGCAAACAGACAAUCUUUCAAGAAUUCACAAAAUGCUGGACAAUGUAAGUGGAAUAUUCAAUUUCUAAAAUUCCUUUCUUAGCCUUUUUAUUGGUGUUCAGGUGGUUAAAAACUGGUGGUUGAAACUGUUCCGCAAAGGCGAUAUUUCCUAUACGGACGUGAAAAGCGAAUGUUGUAUUAUGAUUGCCGCUGGUUAUGAUAAAUCAGCUCUGACGGUAUACCAUACUCUCUUUCUACUGGCCACGCAUCCCGAGCACCAGAAUGCGGUCUUCGAGGAGCUAAUUGAUGUCUUCCCAACCGCCGGCGACUUUGAAGUAACCUAUUCAGAUAUGCAAAAAAUGAUUUACUUAGAACGAGUGAUGAAGGAGACCCUGUGCUUGAUACCCGCCAUGCCAAUAACGGCGAGAGCAACGAAGAAUGAUGUCAGGCUUUCAAAUGGUGUUCUUCUGCCCAAAGGAGUGGUGAUAGGUAUCGAUAUAUUUCACACCCACACAAAUUCGGAGGUCUGGGGCCCAGAUGCAUCCAAAUUCAAUCCAGAUAACUUCUUACCCGAAAACAUAGAGAAACGGCACUCAUAUGCCUUCGUUCCCUUUGCAAGGGGAAAGAGAAACUGCAUGGGUUCGAAAUAUGCAAUGAUGUCUUCAAAGUUCGCUUUAUGCCGAGUACUCAGGAAUUACAAGAUAAGGACAAGUUUUCGCUAUGAGGAUCUAGUCUAUGUAGAUAAUAUGACCAUGAAGCUGGCUGAAUACCCACGAUUGGAAUUUAAAAGACGAACAUAGGUUGGUAUUUCUUUAACGGGGUAGUGGUUAUCAGGAACUGCAGCUCGUUCUUUUAAUUGCAAAGGUUGUAGAAGUUUUUAAAGCAGUAAAACCCCACUAGUCUAACCAAUUACAUUUAACAAUGUUGAAGACAAGAAUAUAUCAUACUAAUAAGUCGUUAUGACUGGCGGUAUUAAAAAACUGGAAAGUUAUUGUGCAGUAUAAUGUAAUUUUUAAGUGUUAUAGUCAAUAUAUAUCCAAAUAUUACUUAAUGCUAAAGUGAGUUGGCAACUUAAAAAAUUAUUCAAUUAUAAAAUAUAUACUUACCGCUUCGCAACAGUCGAGGUCCACUAGAAACACCGAGCACCUUUCGCACUUGAGAAGUUCU